AAAUAGCCCAGGCCCGAGGCAGCGGCCGCAGCUGUGGACCCGACCGCCUUCCCCGUGGCUCCAUUGGCGCUGGCCCACAGUGGUGGGCUCGAUUGGCUGCCUAGCUGGCAUUGACGUCCCUUGGAGCCUGGUGGCAGCCGGAGGUAAACAGCCAUGUGCAAUCUUCCACUCUAUAUUUAACAGCUGCUGCGGAGAAGGCAGGGACGCAGAGAGCAGUGGCAGCUCCGGGGACAGCUCUUGUCUUGGGGAGAAGGCCCUCGCAGCCGGGCUGGCACCAGCCCUCACAGUGUCAGCGUCACCAUGCCAGCCUCCCAGAACCGGGCCCGUGCCCGGGACCGCAACGUCCUCAACCGGGCCGAGUUCCUGUCCCUGAACCAGCCCCCCAAGGGGGUCCCGGAGCCCCGCAGCUCCAACAGGAAGGCCUCAGGACCCUCGGUGCAGCCCCCACCCCCUGGCGACGGGGCCCGCGAGCGACGCCAGUCUCAGCAGCUGCCCGAAGAGGACUGCAUGCAGCUGAACCCGUCCUUCAAGGGUAUCGCCUUCAACUCCCUGCUAGCCAUUGACAUCUGCAUGUCCAAGCGGCUGGGGGUGUGUGCAGGCCGGGCCGCAUCUUGGGCCAGCGCCCGCUCCAUGGUCAAGCUCAUUGGCAUCACGGGCCACGGCAUCCCCUGGAUCGGGGGCACCAUCCUCUGUCUGGUAAAGAGCAGCACGCUGGCUGGCCAGGAGGUGCUUAUGAACCUGCUGCUGGCCCUGCUCCUGGACAUCAUGACGGUGGCCGGUGUGCAGAAGCUCAUCAAGCGGCGAGGCCCAUUCGAGACGAGCCCGAGCCUCCUGGACUACCUCACCAUGGACAUCUACGCCUUCCCCGCUGGGCACGCCAGCCGCGCGGCCAUGGUGUCCAAGUUCUUCCUCAGCCACCUGGUGCUGGCGGUGCCACUGCGCAUCCUGCUGGUCCUCUGGGCCUUCUGCGUGGGCCUGUCGCGCGUGAUGAUCGGCCGUCACCACAUCACGGACGUCAUCUCGGGCUUUAUCAUCGGCUACUUCCAGUUCCGCCUGGUGGAGCUCGUCUGGAUGUCUUCCAACACUUGUCAGAUGCUCAUCUCUGCCUGGUGAACCUCUGCCGCGUCGCUCUGGCAGGAGGAGGCAGGGCCGGCGGGGGAGGGGUGGCCUGGUGACCUCAGGUGGGCCCACCCAAUGACUGGCAUGCCCGGGAUAGUGCCGGGUGGCCCCUGCUCCUUCGCUUGGACUCAGUCUCUUUCUAGGCAGGCCAGGACCCAGCGUGGGGACAGCCCUGCUUAGCUUCCGCUCUGGAGGUAACAGGUGAGUGCCAAGGUGGCAGGAGAGGGACCGAAUCUUGUCUUAGCCUUCAUCAUCACGACUGUUGAGUUCUUGGCUGUGCCCACCAUACCCCAGUGCGAUGCCUGGCAAAAUACCCCCAACCUACCACCCAACACAGGUGCCAUUAACGGCCAUCGAGCGCUUAGGGCAGCACUUUCUACCAGACACCAGCUUGCAAGACAUUUUGGGAAGAAAAAGGGUUUUGUGGUCAAAUAAAUUUGGGAAAUGCUGCAUACUCUGCCCCCAGGUUGGACAUUCACAAGGGUUGUUCUUGUUGUAAAGGCUCUGACAAGUCCUGUAGGAAAGCUUCUUGUCGAACCUUCUGUAACCCCAUGUUUCCUAAGCUUAUUUGACCACAGAACCCUUUUCUAAUGGAACAGCUAUUAACCCCCAAGGAACUGCCGUUUCCUCAAGCUCGUUUUGCUGCCCAGGAGCCGAAGGGCCUGAGGCGUGAGCUGGCCUCUCCCAGCGCUGACCAGCGCCACAGCCUGUGGGAAGCCCACGGCCCAUGGGCAUCGGUGCCGCUUUGGCCCCCAGGGGCCGGACUCCGUGUGACCUAAUAGGUCGUUUCCAAGUUAACCGUUAUGGAUGUGCAUUUUAUGUGACAAUACAGGUGACAUGCAAACGGA